CCGCUGUCAGUCACACCUCGAGGUAGAAGCGUUAGAGAAACCGCGACUGCGCAGUCACUCUGCGAUUUUAGCUCCUAAAGUUUAAAUUCGAUGUCCUGCUUUGUUAGUAGUGAAGGAUUACGAAGAUGGAGGAGUGGAAAAGGAGCAUCGGUACUCUCAGCGACGAAAUCCUAAUUAAGCUGGCAAAGAUGUUGGACAACUCCACCUGUGGAUGGAGGCAGCUAGCUAACGCGGUGUCCGAGCAGCCGAAAUUCCGCUGCAGUGAGCGGGAGCUGACCAGCUGUUCUCUCCAGGUGCUGACUGCUGCAGGCAGCCCGGCACGCACCCUGCUGGCAUUACUGGCUGAGCGUUCCUGCUCCCUGGACUUCCUGCUCCACUGCCUGAGGAAGAUGGAGCACCAGGAAGCUGUGCAGUUCCUCACCACUGCAGUGGCAGAGCAGAUUCAGAUCACAGUGCAGCCGCAGUCCCAGGAAGCCGCACCUGGCAGCAAUGUGGUAUUGACCUGCAGGGCCUCUGGUCCCCCCGGACUCGGCUACCAGUGGUUCAAAGGCAAACAGGAGAUUUUGGGGGAAUCAGGAAAUUCCUCAGAACUGGUUCUUUGCCCUUUAAGCCCCACCCACCAGGGUCACUAUAUCUGCAGGAUAAGCCAUGGAGAGAAAUUUGUUUUCUCCAAGUGGGCUCAAGUUCGCUUGAUCUCCUCUGCAGGUUCUUCUUCCUUCUGCUUCUCUGACGUCGUUUUAAUUUAUCUUUCAGCAUGUCAUGUAAUGUUUUGGUGACUUUUCUCAGGCUGCAGCAGCAGUCUGUUUCCAGGUUCAGUGAGCGGGUUGCAUAUCAUCCAGCGCCCGCGGUCCCAGGCAGCCUCUGAGGGGGACACUCUAGUCCUGGAGUGCACUGCAGAGGGAAACCCACCUGCACAGUAUGAGUGGUACCACAACAAAGUGCCCAUGCCACAACAAAAGAUGAGCUCGCUCAGGGUAAGCCCCAGUUCUGUCACUGACGCCUCCUGGGUAGAGGUUGACCGCGGUCUAGAGUCACAGGAAGUCCACAAAUCCUACGGAACACAUCCGCUUCAACAGAUAGCCAGUUCGCCCCCAUCUGCCAAGGACGUUUAUGCCACAGACAAAGUCGCUCUUCUGAUUGGUAACAUGAACUACAUUUACCACACGCAGCUGUGUGCUCCCAUUUCUGACGUCCACGAGUUGACCAACCUUCUUCGACAGUUGGACUUCAAGGUGGUUUCCUUGCUCGACCUCAACUGGCAGGAGAUGCACAGCGCUGUUACUGAGUUCCUGUUGCUGCUCGACAAAGGAGUCUACGGUUUGCUAUAUUUUGCUGGUCACGGCUAUGAGAACUACGGAAACAGCUUCAUGGUUCCCAUUGACGCGCCGGUCUCCUACACAUCAGAGCACUGCUUGUGUGUACAGAAUAUACUCACAAAGAUGCAGGAGAAGAAGACCGGUCUUAAUGUAUUCCUGCUGGACAUGUGUCGCAAAAGAAACCCACACGAUGAUGUCAUCGUGCAGCCUGGACUGCUGAAGGUCACAGCAAAUAUAGUGUUUGGUUAUGCCACAUGCGUAGACGCUGAAGCGUAUGAGGUGAAGAGGGAAGACGUGUCAAAUGGCAUCUUCAUAAGCUUCCUCAAACGGCGAGUUUGUGAAGACGAGAAGGUCACCGUUAUGCUCGACAGAGUGGCUGAAGACAUGGGUCGCUGUGUAAUCACACGAGGGCGGCAGGCGCUGGAGCUCCGCAGUAAUCUCUCUGAAAGACGCUCCCUCACUGACAGGAUACAGGUUUCUGAGUGUUCUGCAUCCUCUUCAGCUCGAAACCUGCAGUGGGCUAUUGCACAUGUUCUCCCUGAAAGCCGUUACCUCCAGUUUGACUGUGGAGUGAAGGUUCAGCUUGGAUUUGCUGCAGAAUUCUCCAACGUCAUGGUCAUCUACACUCGGAUACUUGACAAACCUGAUGAAAUAGUCUCCUGCUCGGCUCAGCUUACCGAUUUCCCUGAGGAUGUGGACAUUGAUUUGAAGAAGAGCAAUCAGGAGACUCUACUGGAAGCUGGCUGUUUAUUAUUGAUAAAAGAGGAGCUUCCUUCACCAGAAGCCCACAGUCUCUACACGCGCAUCCGCAGCCUGCAGAGACUCAAGAGGGAGUUCACAUUCACAAUAUGCCUUCAUUACACCUACACCAACAUGGAUGAGGAAGUACAAGAAAGGCAGCAAGUAACAGUCGGCAAACCACUGGUCUCCAAACUCAAUCUCCACGAACCGCGAGCAGCUCACGUCAGCUCCGCCUCCUCGUCCUUCAGCCUCGACUCUUUUAACGUUCCCGGAUGCUCCUCCUUUGGUGAAGACUUGUCCCUGACUGGUACAGCCUCAAACACAUGGUCGCAUCAUGCACAAAGUGCCAGUGCGUCUUUCACCGGUGGCUCCCCGACAUCACCCAGGAGUGCCAACGUGCCAGAGGAGACUGACAGUCCUGAAAUACUAGAUAACCCUCGACCUCUUGUUGCCAGCAAAAGUUUGCCCCACAGUAAAGUAAAUGACUCGAACUACAAGUUCAGUGACAUGUACAAUUUUCAUUCUUUCUGAGACUGAGAUUCCGCCUUUACCCACUAAUAAAUCGGCAGUACAAAAUCAUGAAUGUGUGGAAAGCUUGACAGACGAGUCCUGUUAAUAUGGCGUUUCUUUAAAUUCGGCCCGGACUGUGUGGGGGCCGUUUAAGCUGUGAUCUUUGUAUUAACUAUGCAUUAAGUUUUGUAAUGUUUUUUUCUUUAUUAUGGAUUUGUAACAAUGUUAUGCAAUCCAAAGACUGCCUUCAAAA